GGGAAGUGAAAACAAUUUGACCAUGAAAUCUCCGCCCACGAGUUGACAGAGCAAAGCGCUAAAUUGGUGUUCAGGGAGGAGUCAGAGAGAAUCCCUGAAUGUACCAACACCACUAAUAUAUCAUUUCUAAUAGCAUAUCUAUUGAUUAACAGCAGCAGAACGCGAAUAGAGUGAAAGAAGUAAAAAAGGAAGGGCGUUGAAGUUGUAGAAGAGAGUGUCCCUCCCUCCAGGCUGAACUGUAGAAAGCGUCUCUGGUCUGCGCUACCAGCGAGAGGGACGCGAGAUUAGGGCAGCAGUUUGGGGGUCUCUGGAAUUUAUUAGCUGACGCUGGAAGCUCGGUGUUUUUUUCUGGAUUCGGAGCAGAUCUACAGGUCCGCCAGUUUUUCAGUCGGCAUUCAUUCACGCAGACCUACGCCCAUCACAUUUUACCUCGUUUCAUCUCCUGGAACUCAGGACAGCGAAGACGAACGGGUGUUGUUUGGAUUGUGAGCUAAUAAGAACAGACAGAAAGAGAGAGCAGAGGCGCUGCAUCUUUUGACCUGAAUCCUGAACUACAUCAAAGAACUCAUGGGGCUCGGGGAGGCUUCAGCGAGGGGGACGAGCAUGGAAGGAGACUGCCUCAGCUGCAUCAAGUACCUCAUGUUUGUCUUCAACUUCCUUAUCUUUCUGGGUGGCUCCUUCCUCCUUGGUGUUGGGGUGUGGGUGGUGGUGGACCCCACGGGUUUUAGGGAGAUAGUGGCAGCCAACCCCCUUCUCUUCACGGGCGUUUACAUCAUCCUGGCCAUGGGGGGCAUGCUUUUCCUGCUGGGCUUCCUGGGCUGCUGCGGAGCCAUACGAGAAAACAAGUGUUUGCUGCUUUUUUUCUUCAUGCUGAUCCUCAUUAUAUUCCUGGCAGAGCUGGCGGCAGCCAUUCUCGCCUUCAUCUUCCGGGAACAUCUGACCAGAGAAUACUUUACUAAGGAACUGAAGAGACACUACCAAGGCUACAACAAAACUGAUGUCUUCACAUCAACGUGGAACGCCAUUAUGAAUACAUUUGACUGCUGUGGAGUGAACAGUCCAGAAGACUUUGAGGAAAGCAUCUUCAGGUUUAUAAACCCUGGUGAAGUGGUGCCUGAGGCCUGCUGCCGUAGGAAUAGUCAUCUUGGAGAAGCAGGCUUCAGUAACAGGGAGGAAUGCCUGUCAGGCAGCAUGCUAUACCGGAACAACAAGGGCUGCUAUUCAGCGGUUGUGGACUACUUUGAGAUGUACAUCUAUGUUGCUGGUGCCCUGGCUAUUGUUGUACUCACGAUUGAGGUAUGGCAUUUCAUGAUGUCUGUUCCACUGACAUUAUCUCAGAGAAUAGUUUAAAACU